AUGACAGUUGAAGAAGAAGUUGAAAAACCAAAAGAUGAAGAAUGUUCAGCGAUUGAUCAUAAGGAUAAGGUAACUUAGAUUUUUUUUUAAUUUUGAAGUAUACGCCAUCGAAAUAUUCGAAUUUCCAGUUCAACCCUGAUGCCUAUCUCGAAAGUUUUUAUAAAACAGCUUCUGAAGAUACAGCAAUGCAAAUCGUCCUUUUCUUCCUCCCUGGAAUCCUCUACAGGUUACCCGAAAAAGUUCACAGUGUUUUGGAUCUAGGAGCCGGGCCAACAGUUUAUCUCCCAAUUUCGCUAAGAUCUCGAGCUCAGAAUAUUUAUACAUCGGAUUAUGCGCCAGCAAAUCGGGAAACAUUGGUGAAUUGGAUUGAGAAAAAGUCAACAUUUGACUGGAAAAAUGUUUGCACGUGGAUUUCAAACAUCGAAGCAUCGAUGGAAACUCCAGAAGUCAUGCAAACUAAGACAAGAAAUCUGAUGCGAGCAGUUUUAGAUGUGAGUUCACUACGGUACACAAAUCUGUGCAUUUAUGGGUCGCGGUGUUCACACACAGCCUGAAAAUCAAAAAUCAAAGACACAGUUUUCGAAGGGUUAAGGUCUCGCAGCGAUGCCACGUCUUUGUGCGGGAAAACCGAAUUUUCCUUUUCUAGGUAAAUGUCCAUUCUUCCCCAGUCAUUCAAAACAUUCAUUGGAAAUCAGAAGAUUCGAUCACUGUUCCCGAAAAAUUCCAAGUUGUUUCCACAGUCUUCUGCCUCGAAUAUUCUUGCGAAAAAUUGGAGGAUUAUAAUCGAGCCGUCAAAAAUGCUUGCUCACUUAUUGAGGAUGGAGGAUUUCUAGUGAGAUUUUUUUGAAUCAAAAACCUAGAUAGAUAGAAGAUCUUUUUUUUUUAAGAUUCAAGGUGGUGUUCUUGACGCAACAACUUAUAACUUCGGAGGAAAAACAUUCCGAUGUCACCAGUUAAAACAGCAGCACAUACUGGAUUCGCUGAAAACUAACGGGAUGUCAACAAAUACAGAAGAUGGAUAUAAAUUUAUAACCCAUGAUGAUAUAUUUCUUCUAGUCUCUAGGAAACUUUAA